GGCCUGGUCCGCUUAACCGACCCGAACCCCGGCGCAUCCCUCAGCCAGCCACUGUUUUCCCCUUCCUCUCGGCUCCAUCCAGCCUCGGAUCCCCAACCGCAAGAACAGCAAGAAUCGGCGGCGGCGAUGGUGUGCGCUAAGUGCGAGAAGAAGCUCGGGAAGGUGAUCGUGCCUGACAAGUGGAAGGAGGGCGCCAGCAACACCAACGAGAGCGGCGGCCGCAAGAUCAACGAGAACAAGCUCCUCUCCAAGAAGAACAGGUGGACUCCAUAUGGAAACACCAAAUGUAUAAUCUGCAAGCAACAGGUGCACCAGGACGCAAAAUAUUGCCACACCUGUGCUUACUCAAAAGGAGUGUGCGCAAUGUGUGGGAAGCAAGUGUUGGACACGAAGCUCUACAAGCAAAGCAACGUGUGAUCAUAUAGCUGUACUAUAUUGCUAAUAACUUGUAUGAAAACUUGUACUCGCAAUGCAAUCGAGCUGUCGACAAUAGUUGUGUGUUAACAAAGUAUGUACUUGACUAACAAUUCUGGAACAUAAAAUGUUUCCAAAAUCAAAGCUCCAGUGACUUUAUAUGAGCGAGUUUGUGUGUUGCAUCACAGAGAAUCUGUUGUGGCUAUUGUAACUAAAACUGACACAUUUUGAUCUGUUGUGGCUAUUGUAACUAAAACUGACA